GCUCGUGCCAACAUGGCCGCCAUGUAGCCACGUUGGUUAGACGAGCUACUCCAGCGCGCUGGUGUGUCGAAGUCUUCAUAUCUAUGCUGACCACAGAUAGUGGCAACGGUCCAUGGAGGAGGUUACACCACAGUGGAAUUACGGUUUCCGGCGGACGUAAUUAAAGCCAAUGAAGACUGUAGCAGUCCUUGGAGGGGGCAUCGGGGGAUUGGCCGCAUCUUACUAUCUCUGCAAAAGUCCCCAGGUUGCUAAGGUAAUUUUACUUGAGUCCAGUAGUCGUUAUGGGGGUUGGCUGUGGUCCACCAGGAGGUCCGAUGGAGCGGUGUUCGAACAUGGAGCCAGAGGGAUUCGACCUGCUGGGGCAGUGGGAAGAAAUACCCUUAAUAUGGUAGAGGACCUGGGUCUUUCAGGAGAGGUUCUGCCUGUCACCUACAGACACGAUGCAUCCAAAAACAGAUAUCUAUAUGUCAACAAACAACUUCAUAGGAUGCCCUCAGGAAUAAGUGGACUUCUCAGGACAGUCUCACCUUUCUCACGCCCCCUGCUAUUCAGCAUCGCCACAGAGAUAUUUGCAAAGAGAAGCAAAGGCGAAGACGAAUCCAUCCAUUCGUUUGUGUCUCGAAGGCUUGGAAAAGAGCUUGCAAACAUUGCUGUGGACAGUCUGUGUCGAGGGGUGUUUGCGGGGGAUUGCCGGAAGUUGAGUGUGCGCUCUUGUUUUCCCGUCCUCUACAACGCUGAGAAGCGCAGAGGUUCCCUAACACUUGGCAUGCUUCUGGGCUCUGGCCCCUCCCAAGUGGUUCCUCCUGGUCCUCUGAGCCAGCGAUCUAUGAAGGAGUCUUGGGCCCAGUGGUCCCUUAGAAGGGGGUUGGAGGACCUCCCGGAGUCCAUCAUUGACUUUCUCCAAAGGAGCGAGAGGGUCCAGCUACACCGGGAAGUGCCUGUAAAACACAUCAAUCCUUUGGCUAUGGGUUCGACGAUCCAUUUGGACGAUGGGAUCAUAACAGCUGACCACAUCAUCUCUGCUUUGCCUGCUAAAGUACUCUCAUCUGUCCUGCCGUCCUCCUGUCUGCCGCUCAUCCAGAAGCUGCAGGAGAUCUCCUGUGUCACUGUCGCUGUGGUAAAUCUGCAGUAUGAGGGGUCUGUACUCCCUUUGACGGGAUUUGGACACCUGGUUCCAUCAUCAGAGGAUCUGGGCUUACUGGGUGUGGCCUAUGACUCUGUCCCCUUCCCUCAACACGACAGACAUAAAGGAGCAACAACAAGACUUACGGUGAUGAUGGGUGGUGCCUGGUUCCAUGAAGUGUUUGGCUCCCCAAGUGCAGUAACAGAGGGCCAGCUUUUAGAGCGAGCCACUGAGGCGGUGCGCUGUCACCUAGGAGUCACCUCGGCACCCAGCUGGAGUUGGGUUGCCCUACAGAAGGAUUGUAUACCUCAGUAUUAUGAGGGCCACUUUUGGAGAGUAGAGUACAUGCGCAACUUCAUCAAGAACAACCACCUUUCACUUUCUCUGAUUGGGUCCUCCUAUGAUGGUGUGGCCGUCAAUGAUGUCAUCUUUAGUGCAAGGGCAGCUGUAGAAGAGUUGUUGGGAACUGGAGUUUAAUAGAGUUGCAAUAACAUGACCUUUUUUUAAAUUUCUUUUUUUUAACUGUACUUCAGUAUUGUGAAGGGUCCACUGUCCAACUGUAUGUUGGACAGUGGACUCCUGCUAUUUUCAGGGAAUAGGGAACGGGCCAGACCACAGAGCGAAAAUUCCAUGCCCAUUAUAAUUGUAUUGGAUUUUUAUUUAUUUUUUUAAGCCAUCAAUAAAUCAGGGUGGCCCCAGCCCACCCAAAAAAGAAAAACAUCUUUCCAAAAAAAGCAAUUGCAUCUGAAGAUGCUGAACUGCGAGUAUGGGUCUGGUGACCUCUCUCUGACACUAAAUAUUGAUACAUGCAUUGAGCAGUGACUUCCAAAUAUUUAAUCAGUGUAUAUAAAGGAAAGGAAUAAAGUGAAACAAAGCCUUCACUUCUAGAUCUAAAGAAA